UGAAGACACUAUCAUAACUGACGAAAUGACAGAUCAAAUAGAUGAAGAAGACUACGCCUAUUACUAUCUCCCUAAAGGAAUUAAGCCUUGGUCCAAAUUACACAGGUUCAGGCCAGAUGAAGAUACUAGAGUCCUUCAGAGAGGUACAAAGCAUUGGCAAAGGCUUAUUUUUAAUGAUAAUGAGGAGUAUUAUGAGACAGAAGAGAAUGCUUAUAAAGAUUUUAUGGACUACAUUAACGAAAACGAGAUAGUCUUCCCUGAUUAUGUUCAGAAAUAGAGAUAUAAUCAGAUUUUUGCAAGCCAAUGGGUAUAAACCUAAAACUGCAGUUAAAGACUUACAACAAAAUAUAGAAUGGAGAGUUGAGCAUUUACCUAUCAUUUUAACUGAUAUUCAGAAAGAACUGUUAGAUAAUGGAUAUUUGUACACUCAUGGACGAGAUAAGUUCUUUAGACCUUUAGUUGUUCACAACCCUAAGGUAUACAAAACAUUUAAACCGGAAGUAGAUGAAGCAUUAAAUGCAUGACAUUUCGUAAUGCACUAUAUUAAAGAGAGAAUGCUAAUCUCUGGGAUUAUUGAAAACUGGGUGCCUAUAAUUGAUCUUGAGAAUAUGAGUAUGAACGAUAUUCCAAAGAAAAGGAUUCUCUCUUUUAUUAAUGGGAGCAAGCUGGUAUAUAAAUGUAGGUCAACUAGAACUUUCAUAUUAAAUACUACUUAUGGGCUUCGUAUAUUGUAUAAAUUUAUUUCUCCUUUCUUAGAUGAAAGGGCUAAGAGCAAGAUCAAGCUUGUUAAGGGUGGAAGGGACGAAGAGCUCAUUAAUUUCUUUCAUCCUUCUCAGCUUGAGUCUAAGUUUGGAGGGGAGGCAGAAGAUGUCGAAUAUUACUGGCCUCCUUAUCAAGCAUCUAAGGAAUAUGGGGAAGAUCAGACAAUGUUUACUCUAGAUGGAGAGGAGAAUAGUGCAAUAGAUGAAGAAAGUGCCUCUGAUAAUGCAAACAACAGAAGCUCGCUUCAACAAUAUAAUUUGGAUCCUAUCUUUGAGCCAGGCCAGAAAAGAGGUAAAGCUCCUACACCAACAGGAAUUCAUACAAGAGAUAUCAAACUUGAGGAGAGUAAUAUUUCUCAAUUACAAGGUCAUUCCCAUGAUAAAAAUUUAAAAGCAGGGAGAAUUGCUAGAAAAAAGCCAACCCCAAAGAGUGUCCCUAAGGCUAAGAAUGGAUGAUGCACAAUAUUCUAAAAGUAAUGGCAAAAACAACUU